AAAGGGGAAGAGUUAACUCAACAAUUUAAGUUAAAGAGGACUGAGCGGAAGAAAACAUACUUUCUAAGGUCCGACAGCAACACAACUGGUACGAAGCUGACGGCAGCAAAAGCAAAAAAAACAACAACUUGCCGAUAAAAAGAGGAAAAUGCACUGAUGACUGGAUAACGCCCAGACCCUGUUGAAUAAUGAUCAGAGAUAUUGUCAUAGUGCUCCAUCCUGUUACCGCCUGUGUACCUGUGAACCACAAGGUGACUCUGAGUGUCCGUGCUGAGGGCUCAGGGAUCCUUUACUACCAGUGGUUCACUGAUAAUGAGGAGGUGCGUGGUGGGACUCAACCAGAUCUGACCAUCAAUGCUCAAAGAACUCAGCUCUAUGUUUGCCGAGUGCAUGACAGUUUGAGUAACUGUGUGUUCAGUGAUUGGGUGAAAGUGAAGGUGUUGGACAUUGAUAAGUCAGGUUUGCCACUGGACUGGGAGGGUGAGCCCCACAUUGCUGUCAACCCUAAACCCCAGUCUGUCCAACCAGGUGCAAAAUGUACACUCCGCUGUGUUGCCUUUGGCAACCCAGCCCCCCAGUAUCAGUGGUACAGAAAUGGACAGCCGCUGCAGGACAAGAUUAGUGACAUACUGCAGAUUGACUGUGCCACAGCUGAACAUGGAGGAUCAUACCUGUGCUCAGUGUCUAACAGGCUGGAGGAGAUAUGGACUAAACCUGUCGAUGUUGACAUUGUGCAAAAUGAUCAACUUCCUCAUGCAGAGCCCACAGCCUCUGAUAAAGUUGCUCUACUUAUUGGCAACAUGAAUUAUUCCCACCACCCCGGCUUGAUGGCCCCCAUUAUAGAUGUACAUGAGCUGGCCAACCUCCUGCAGCAGCUUGGCUUCAGGGUGGUUUCCCUGCUGGAUCUCACCAGGGAGGAGAUGCUGGCUGCUACUGACAAGUUCCUUCAGCUCCUUGACAGAGGAGUUUAUGGCCUUUUCUAUUAUGCUGGUCAUGGGUACGAGCGUGCUGGGAGGAAUUACUUGGUACCUAUUGAUGCUCCACAGCCUUACCGACCUGAAAACUGUGUCUGUGUGCAGAGGGUCAUGCUAAACAUGCAGCAAAAACGGACUGCUCUGAGCGUAAUCCUACUGGAUACCUGUAGAAAAUGGUACAACCAGCAUUGCAUACCGUCAGUCAUCAAACCUUUGGGACCCAGUGGGAAUACUGUAUAUGGUUAUGCCACAUGUGAAGAUGCUGAGGCUUUUGAGGUCCAGGAUGGGGGGAAGAGUACUGGAAUCUUCACUAAGUACCUGAACAAGCACAUCCUACAGCCUGAGAAAGUCACACAUAUCUUAGAGAUGGUGUCUGAGGAUCUAGGCAGAGACCCUCUGGUCACCGGCAAGCAGGCAGUUGAGAUCAAACACACCCUGAAGGAACCUCGAUCCCUUACGGAUCCAGUUAGCACCACUGGCCACACAAGGGAACUACACCUGAGAGAUUUCUGCUGGAGACAAGCAAAUGAGCUGCCACAGAAGAAGCGGCUGAUGUUUCUCUGCAGAGUAGAAGUGGAAGUCAGCUUCUCAGCAUUGUUCUCCAACGUCUUAGUGGCUUUUGCCACUGUGAAGACUACAGGCCCCCAAACCCAGGACUGCACCGUCUCUCUGAGCAGUAUACCUGUAUUGGAAGACACAUUCUCCAGCCCUGGUAGGUCAGAGGAGAUGGACACCCUACUAUUUCAGACAUCUGAUAAGCCAGACUGCACUCUGCGACUUUGUGGUCUUCAAAAGCUUAAGGAAUCACUAGUCAUCAAGGUGGAUUUACACUAUACUCACACAGAAAGUAAGCUACGACUUACAGAAAGCCAAAAAGUGGACAUAGGAAAGCCUAUGGUGGCAUCCUGUAAAUUGUACAGGAGAAAUCAUACAGCAACAGCCUACAAACAAGAAGGUGCUUCUGCUCAAACUAUGGGCAAAAUUUCAAGCAGCAAACCACUGCUGCAUCAGAGGCUUCCUGGUGCAUAUCGCCCUUGUACCAGAAAGGCAGAGUGUUCUGCUAAAGUUGCAGUUACAAGGAGCAACGAACCCGAGGAGAACGAUGAGAACGAACUAUAAGAUUUCACUUUUGGACAUUAAGCCCUUCUGGUCCUAUCACUGUAAAUAAAAGUUUGAUUAUUUUAUGCAUUUUUACUGAUGUAAGGAGGAGUUACUCAAUUGCUGAUCAUGCAUCUUAGUUGUCUGUGGAUGAUGAUAAUGAUGACAGGGUUUGUAAAUGACUGUGGUUUGGGUUUGGUUUUCACCAGCCUUCAAUUCUUUGCUCAACACUGAAGAAAAAUUAACACUUAACUUUGCUCCACACUUAUUUAAUCACAAAUUGUAUAAUACCUGGAAAGACAUUACUUGUGCAUGACACUUUUUCAUCAAUGGCCAGCUGGCUAGCCUAAUUUAUGAUUAUUGUCAAUAAUUUAUCUAAUAAAACCUACUACUUUCA